AAUAAUUUCGUAAAUAUCCUCGAACUUCUCUACUAUAAUAUAGUCUCCCGUGAAUACAACCCUACACGUCGUAUAAGGCAUACUUUGGCUAGCCUGCCAUGUAUCCGCCUCAGGCACACGACGGCCCCACAAACAUCUCGAUCUUCUUGACGUAAGUUUCAAUCAACACCGCCGCACGCCAUCAAUACCCAAGAUACCCCAACUUCCCAGCACAGAAAAUCAGCAGAAGGAAACAUGAUCGACCGUGCGAUUUUCGAAAGUCUCCAGGCCAAGAUUGACGAGGAGGCCGCCGUCAGAGAUGAGCUCCGCGACAUCGUGCAAAAUCUCUCGAGAAAAGGCCGAUCCACGCAAGCUACGCUUUCGCGAGCUCACUCUACCCCAGCUGCACAGUUGCAACCCGUCCUAGAAGAUGUAACCAAAGAGAUCCUCGCGCAGAAAGAGGAAGUCCUACGCCUCAAGAGCGUAGCUGACAAGCACCCAUUCUACAAGUAUAACGGUGUUUGGUCGCGCGAUCUGCAAAACCUUGUCGCCUCCAUUGAGCUAUGCGCCUGGCUCGGCGGGUUCCCGGAGUAUAAGAGCUCCGAGACAGCUUCCUUCCUGACUAUGGAAGAGGUCGGCAAGUUUCUCGAGAUCCCCGUGAACCUGAAAGAAGAGGACGCAUUCCAUCUUACACUGGAAGAGUACCUCCUUGCGCUGAUUUCCAUGAUUGAAGAGCUGGCCCGCCUUGCUGUCAACUCUGUUACGCUGGGCGACUACGGCCGACCUACUGUUAUUGGCAACUUCAUUAAGGAGCUGUUUAACGGGUUCCAGCUGCUGAAUUUGAAGAAUGAUACGCUGAGGAAGCGGAGUGAUGCGAUCAAGUAUAGUGUCAAGAAGGUGGAGGAUGUGGUUUACGAUCUAUCGCUGCGGAAUCUGAUCCCCCAGGGCCAGAAAGCGUAAUCUGAUUCAUUGAACAGAUGAUGGGCUUGGGAGUAUUAUGAAAAUGAUGUCACGACCGAAGACAACCCGAAGACAACCAAAGACAAACGGGUGGUACAUAGAGUAUCAAUGAAGUAACCGCAAGUCAAAAGCAGCGACAAGUUGCAUUGGGUACAUCAACAAAAAGACACAUAUUAAGAUUUGGUAUCAUAACCGUGAAAACAAAAACCGAAAGCCAUGCUGGCCGUUAUAAUCAAGACAACUUCGCAGUCUCUCCCUCCUUAGCACCCGCAACAGAAGCCAGCGUGCCCUCCUUCUUCGCCUUCUCAAUCUCCUUCAAAAUCGUAUCCUCCAGCCCCUCAGGCUUGGUCGUGCUAGCCCACCGGCCAACAACCUUCCCAUCAGCCGAAACCAA